UCUCCUUCCAAAAGCGCGAACGGUUAAGGACAGACAGUUACGACAAAAUGGCGAUCAUGGCAGAGUUAAGCGUCAGAUCAUCGAAUAACGUUAUAUGACAACUUCAGCUAGCUUCAAGGCUAACUACGCGUGUUUGUUUUCUAUCGCGGGUGCGGUUAUUUCAGUCUGCGGCGAGAGUUAAAUUCAUGUCAAACUUAGUUACCGUUACGCUAAUUUGUGAGUACGUUGCUACCAUUACGUCAGCUACCAUACUUUGCUAACUUAGCUAAAUAGCGUAGUCGUGCCCUUAUGUUGGCAGCUAUAAAUGGCGUCCUUGUGUCCAAUCACAAUGGGCAGCCAGUUUGGCAAGGUUUGACAAACUAACGACAGUGGGCACGAAUCCUUUUGAAUAAGCCAGAGCUCUGUCCAUGGCUUAUCGUUGAGUUAAGGGAUCUGGGGCCAUUCGCUGUCUUUUAGGGACACUGCAGUUGACGGUAUGGCUUUACACAACUUGGUUUUUGUGAUCGAUGUGGAUUAUGGAGAUCACGAUUCAGGCGAUCAACUGGAUGUCAAGAAUCAUUACGUGAAACGGGGAAUAUUGCAACUCCUGCUACAUUUCAGCUGCAAAUAUGGAUUCGACAAGGUGCGCUGGGGUUAUAAAUUCUUUCACUCCAAGACUGGCCGCAAUGCCGGGCUAAUAUCAAGAGGAUCUGACUUCAAGGAGCUUCGCCACAAAACAUUUGAGGAUUUUGAACUGGAGUUUGAAACCAAGUUUGACGUCAAGGAUAACCCAUGCCCUUCUCGUCAGAAGCUGCAAUGCAGUCAAUCUGCCUCAGUUCAAAACGCACUAAAAGAAACCCUGCUGGACUUCCAAUGGGACAGGCCAGAUAUCACUUCUCCCACUAAACUGUCUUUGAGACCCAGGAAGUCGAGUCGAGCUGCAAGUGUUUCACAGGACGAUGAUAUUUUAAACAAAGGGAGGAAUGUAGUGUUUAUUGUCUCAGAGUGUCCACGAUCCAGGACACAACUUCUGGACUAUCUUUUUCUCGGAAACCAUGACCUGCCCACAGAUGUGACUGACCAAAUGAUAUCCAGGGGCCUUCACGAUUUGCUUGUCCAGCGACAGGUUGUGCUGCACUGGGUUGACAGUAGAUCCCAUGCCCAGGUCAUGAGGUGUGAGGACCAUCUUGGCUUUGACAAGCUGUCUGAGGUUCUUGCUCAGGUGGAUGGCAGAGUGAUCCCUGUGGUUGCGCUGCUGAACCUUUGCUGCACUCAAGACGCCUUUGCAUUCAGGUCUAGCAUUGGAUAUCUGCUAUCUUCUGAAAGGCUGUACCGCCUGGCUUUUCCUGUCAGAGGUGGUGUUCUGCAGUGGGAGCAAGGUGAUGAGAUGCAGAGCUGUAGCAUCAUGUUGGAGCCAGUGUCUUGCAGACAGAGGCUUCUCCCAGAGUCAGUGAAAGUGCAUCUUAAUGGAGUGUUGCAGGGCUGGGAUGCCUCCUCCCUGACACAGACCCCCACAGAGUCUUGGGUGCUUCAGUGCUCCAGCAACAGUGACCAGGGAGCUGCUGCCUUUCAGCAUCUUCUCAUGCAACUGUCUACUCACUCUCUGCAAAUGCUUUCUGAGGUGAAUGACAGCGGGCUGGUAUGCUCAGCUGUCCUCUCCCCGUUGUCACACUCUACAGCUCUGCUCACGGCUCUCCAGUCAGUAAUCACUCAGCAUAACCAGUUCCUGACCACCGAAAUCAUUGCACCUGCUACAGCAGAGACCUCAGCUGAACUUCCAGAUGUUGUGAACAGUGUUCUGGGAGUAGUGUAUAACAUCAUGGAGGAGGAUGGUGAUAGUGGCGAUGACCAGCCAAAGGAUCAUCAAGUUCCUGAGUGGGCUCAGCAGGAAGUCAGCCAUUGCCCGCUGGCCAAAGGCAUGUUAGAAAAUUGGUUCCCUCAGUCAGACAAAUCAGGAGUGAGUUCCCACUUAAUGGAGUCAAUGAGGUUGCUGCAUGCAGUGCCAGAGCAAAAAGAAGAGGAGGAAUCUGCUGUCCUGCAGCAGGAGCUGGUCAGUGGUCUGGCUGAACUGUAUCAAACAUCCAGGGGUGCAAAUGACAAGAGGGGCAAGAAACGUGACGCUCAGCGCACACCAGUGAAGCAGAAAAUGAAGACCAUGAGCCGCUCUCUGCAGAUGCUGAACGUAGCGCGGCUGAACGUCAAAGCCCAAAAGAAUCAGGCAGAAGCUGAGCAGAUAGGAGUCGAGGGCAAGGGACCAGAGAGACGAGGAAAGAGACGGUCAAAUGACAGGAACAAAUCUGAAGGAGCGAACACCAUCAAUUUCACCAGUGAGGCAGAGCUGCUGUCCUAUCUGAAGUCCACUUAUGACAAGACUGUAGUAGAGAGGGACUCGUCUCUCGUCAUUGGUGUCCAGCACCUUCUGUCUGCUGUGAAAACCUUCCAUGUGGCAAAAUCAGACCAGGAGGUAAAGAUUGCCUUGUUUGUCCAGCACCAUGUCCUCAAGACCAGCAAAUCAAUCAGACAGCUCUAUAACAUGACUGCUGAUGUUGAUAGCAAAAUCAGAGAGUGCCAACUUCAGGCUUUGCUGAGGCUGGAGUUGUGCAGACUUUUCUCCUCAGAGCAGUCUGACUCACUGGAUGUUGAUCAGAUGGCAGAGGAGGUGGCUGAACUGCUCAGGAUAAUCUCUUUAACAAAAGACCCAGUUUGCCUUGCAAGGUUCCUUCAAGAUGAGGUUCUCCCUGGGUUGAUGACCGCCAUCCCUCGAGUGCUUGCAGACAUCUACCAUAGUUUGGGUACCCAGCUCCCUGAGGCUUUGGUGGCUGUUCUACCUGCUGACUUCUUCAGUGACGAGUCAGUUGCUAAGGACAGUGUUUCUCCAUCUGCCUCCUCACCUCCUCUGUCCACACACAGCUUGGUUUCAGAUGGCAGAGAUCGCUUGCAGGACCUGCGAAAUCGCUCAGCCAGCACCAGGAGGAGUGGGAUGCUGACUCGCCAUCGCAGUAUGACUGAGUCAACACAGUGUCUUCGCCAAAUAGAGAUGCCCAAAAAGACUUCAAGAUCUUCCAAAUCAAAGGUCUGUGUUGCUGUGGAGAAACCUGUUGCAGAACCAGAACCACAAACACAGAAACAAGAAACACAAGAGGUGACUAAGGUGAGAAGAAACUUGUUCAACCAAGAGAUCAUUUCCCCAUCGAAGAAGGCCAAGCUGCCAAGGAGCCAGUCUGUGUCUGCUGUGGAAGGAUUGAAACUGAAACGCAAGCGAUCUCAUGAAUCUGAAGAGAGACACAAACUUCUAACAAAGAAAGUGUGUGAAACACCGCAUCACAAGCAGGGGUCCAGUCGUUUCCUGUUCCGUCAGAAAAUGGGAAGGAGAUCUGUACCAACUGAAGAGUGCAUUGUAGAAGAGUCGCCAGUAAAGCCAGUAGAAGACCUAAGAAGGAGCCCAAGAAUAAAGAACUUUGCUAGAAGGCACUCAAACACUUUCUACUCAAGUUCUCAACCUCGCUCCCGCAACCUGGACAGGGCACUCAGCGCAUCCCAGCUUACUCUCAGCGAUAGCAAAAUCAGUGGGGUUAAUGUGAAAGCAGUUCGGUCACCCAUGCGUCUUCUUUUUGGGGCUGCUGCGUCCCCCGGUCGACCUUCUGACCAGUCCCAUGCAACCAGGGCCACCAGGUCUCGGCUGUUCACAGACUCUAGUGUUUUUGAGAGUCCAAAUAAAACACCAACAAAAUCACCUGGCAGACAUGAGAUGGCCGUCAAUCGGAUCAGGACACCCAAAACUCCUAAGACCCCCCGAACCCCAGCGACUCCAAAAACUCCAACCCCAUCCAGGAUGAAUGUUUUCUCUGUUGCAGAGAGCCCUGUCGCAAGCAGCUCUCAUGAACUUGGUAUAGGUCUGAGAGGCGGUCCUUUCAGAUCUCAAGCCAGAAGAACUGCUGUGGUAGAAACGCCAACUAAGCAAAGCCCUGUGAGGAGCCCUCUGAAGAGUAUUCUCAGGACUCCAGUCAAGGCCUCGGUCGAAGGUCACUUCUCUAAUGGAUUACUCAACAGCCCAGUUUCCAGGACUCCUAAGAAGAGCGUCACGUGGUCUCCAUCACCUCGAAAAUGUAAAGUGGCAGAGAACAGCAGUACUUUCAAGGUUCCAGAGUCGCCUCAUAUUGUAUUGCGCACUUCUCCCAGACUGUUGAAAUCACCCAGUACAUUCUGCAGUCAUGUCAAAGGCACAAACACUAAAAGAGACAUUUUUAAGACCCCUGAAAGGAUUUCUCAAGUAAGCCUGGUAAGGGUUUCUGAAAAUGCAAAAAGUGUUAUUUUGACAAAGGAAAAAAAUCAGAUGUCCCCAGAAAAACUUCACAACAGGAUGAAAACCCCGGAAAAAAGUGAUACUGUUGGUUCACUGGAAAUGCCUCUUCCACAAUCCACACCACCUCUUGACUGCCACCUCUCACCUACACCCAACACUACAACUCAAACCAGGACCCCUAGUCCUUCCCACCAAAUGAUUACACGCUCUGGACGAACGCCAGCCAAAAGCUCAAAUCCAACAUUCCCAUUUAAGCCAGCAUUAACACCAGAGGGUGCUGCUGUGUUAGAGGGAUCAGAAAUUUCACUCAAGUCUCCUGCAAAGUCCUUGACAAGAACAAGGUCUGGUCAAGGUGCUAGAACUACCAGACAUAACUUAAGAUCUCAGUCUAGUGAGAAUGUUUCCUCUGUGCUAAACACAGAAUCUGUUGAGAACUGUGACCGUGUGGAAAAGAACAAGCAAUCAGAUCUAAGAGAAGAGUUACAGGCUGAACCUUCCCAAUCUUCUGAAAUGGACUCUAGUUCCCAUACAGAUUCACAGCAGUUUGACUCAUCACAUUUUAACUCUGCAUCCACAGACGAUGAUGGAAUGGACAUUGUAGAUGCGGCAGUCAUAAAGACCCAGUUCAGUGGAGGUCUCAAGAUGAAUAUUAGCUUCUCACGGAAGCCUUCACAGUCUGGUGAAGACCUUCUGUCCGGUGCAUUCUCUCCAAAACCACAUGUGCCUACCCAAGGUACACCUCCUGGCCGGAGCUAUGGCUUCCGGCAGACCCCUGACCGGCAGCAGAGGGAGGCUGCUGCUCGUUUGGGCUACGGAAAUGAAUCCCCUCGAUUUUCAACCCCUAGAGGCCCAGCAAGACCUCGCAAACAAAAAGGCAUGUGUACUCCAAAUCCUCUGACAUACCAGGUAGAAUUGGAAAUGCAGACAUCAGGACUUCCCAAGCUUAAAAUCAAACGCACAGAUUCCAUGAAUGCGGGUGAUUUGGCCUCAGGAGCUCAGAGUCCAUUAGCUGGCAUGAAACCUUCUCAGCUGGAAAGCCCCUUGGCUUUGUUCUCUAAGCACAGAGACCCUGGAUGUGUCUCACCAUCUCUCUGUACUCAUGUCACCCCGGCCAAGAGCACACCUGGCAAAGGUGGAAGUGUCCAGACUUAUAUCUGCCAGUCCUACACCCCUACCCGCCAUCCUGUGGGAACAAUGUCUCCAGUCGCAACUGCAGAGCUCAUUCCCAUGAGUCCUUCACCUCAGAGUGUAGGGAAGGUGACUCCAGACAACCUUAACAGCUGGCAUCGCAGGAAGAGAGCUCAGGUUGGAUUUGCUGGAGGCAAAGAUCGAGGCCUGAAGGGGGAGCCGCUGCUGGUGGAGCUGCUGGAGGAGGCUGACCUUGGAGUUAGCAGAUUGCAGGAUGUUGAAGAUACGGAUGAGCCCUCAAACAACAAAGCUGCAGUAAUAGGGAUGACUUCUAAACAGUCACCCCCAGUUGGAGCAGACGCAUCUCCUCUCUCUCCACUGGAAGACUUGUACUGGAUGGAGAAGCUGGCUCAGCAGGCUGACGAGGCUGAUCCUCAGAGAACGGAGGAAGAAAUGAUGUGGGCCGCUGGAAAUGGAGAUGUCAAGUCAUUGGCAACUCCUCCCAGCUCAAAGUUGAGGAAACCGGUGACAGCAAGUGGGAUUUUGGCCCUCACACACUCUCCACUGUUAUUCAAAGGCAAAACAGGUUCAGCUAGUAAGAAAAUGCCAAAUUUAAAAGAUGAGGCCAUAUCAGGGAGGACGAUAGGAGAUGAGGGCGUGGAGGUCUCUCCCUACAGCCAGCCGAUCAGACGCCAACACACAGGGAAGACCUACAGCAGGAAGAGACUGCUUCACUGAACCCCAAAACCAGCAAAAAGCCUGUCCAUUCACUGUUUUACUGUGAAGCCUUAUUUAGCCUGAUUCUGUCAAAUAUGCUUUUGAUGUCAGUUCUGAAAUGUCUUUCAAGCACCACUUGAAGGGCCUUUGCAGAUGAAUGAAUGUCCCUUUCUCCUCCACAGACACAUUUUCUCAUCUAACCAGUGACUUUAGUUUUAAUCAGGAUAUCUAAAGAUUACAGAGGUUUUAGCACUGAGUUGAAAAACCUAUGCAGUUUUGCCAGUGUGUUUAAAAUUACACUCACUGUUCCUCCUAAUGAUUUUGUCAAAGUUUCCCAUGUUCCUGAAACUAAAAUGUUGGAAAAUGAUGAUAUUUUAUGUCAUGUCAUUUUUUUCAGUUCUUAAUCAGCAAUUUUACAAUCAAGUCUGAAGCUAUUUUAACGUAAAAAUGAUUUGUGUUUAUUUAUUAGUGUGUUCUUGUCAUAAACCUGCUCUUAAGUAAAAGGGAAGCCUGAAUGGUUGAGUCAUGGUGUAAAUAUCUUAUGUUGCCAAAGUUUUAUGUAAAUAAAUACAAGUUUUCUGAAUUAAGUUA